AACUGUAAAGAAUUUCACCUGUGGUGUAAUUUCACAAUUAUUCAUGUAAAUUUAAGAUAUCGUUUUCAGUAUAUAAAGAACUUAGCAACUAAUGGUGCUUAAAAUGUAGGCAAAAGAGAAGAAGAGAAAAAACAAACACAAAACAAUAUUUAGCUAUAGUGCUAAGUUGCUUUUGUCUAUUUUUUACUCCCCUGUUCCACUAUACCUACAAUAGUUCAUUCGACAGACACACUGCUGCUUCAGCGGGAUAACAGAAAGAUGAUCCUUGAGACAUCCUAGUGGCUGUUUAUUAUAGUGAUGCAGGUAGGCUGCAUGGUAAAGGAAGCGUUGAUCUUCGGACUACAGCAGCGCAACAGAGGGAAUAUGAGUUCCGGCUUGGGCCACUGAAAGGGAGUGAUAAUCGGUGAACGCGCUCCGGUGACCGCACGGCCAGAUUAUGCAGCAUCCUUUGGACAUGGGGGCGCAUUACUAUCCUCCGGAUGUUCAUGCAGACCACAGAACUCAUCGCUACAGGAGUUUCAUGAUAGAGGAGAUCCUCACAGAUCACCCGGAGCACAAAGCUUCGGCUCCGGCCGGGGAGCUGCUCAAAUUCGGAGUACAAGCUCUACUCUCCGCGCGGCCUUUCCACAACCAACUGGUGCUUAAAGCCGACCAGACGAGCCUCCUAAAGUUCCCCAUGUCCCCGCUGUCCUGCUCGCUGGGCUCCCCGCUCCUGUCCGCGGCCCCGGGCCUGCAGGUAGGCGCGGCGUCCCACCACCUGCCACUGGACCUCCACCUCCGCGGGAAGCUGGAGCACGGAGCCGACGCCGGCAGCAAGACCAAGAAGGGCCGCCGCAGCCGCACCGUGUUCACCGAGCUGCAGCUGAUGGGCCUGGAGAAACGAUUCGAGAAGCAGAAGUACCUUUCUACACCCGACAGAAUAGAUCUCGCAGAGUCUCUCGGUCUGAGUCAGCUCCAAGUGAAAACAUGGUACCAGAACAGGAGGAUGAAAUGGAAGAAAAUUGUGCUGCAGGGCGGCGGCCUGGAGUCCCCGACCAAGCCCAAAGGUCGCCCUAAGAAGAACUCCAUCCCCAGCAGCGAGCAGCUCUCUGAGCAGGAGCGAUCCACCGCAGAGGCUGACCGGCCAGAUGGCUCCAGCUCCCACUUAGAGAACGCUCAGGAGGAAUGACCGGCCUCUUUAUCUAUGAACCUGUGGGACGCUCAGAGUGCCUGAAAAAAGGGGGAUUUUUUUGCUGGACCGUACGGCCACCUGGUGCGAAAAAAGAAAAGAAAAAGAAAAAGAAAAAAAAAGCCCUACAGAAACCAAACGUGCACGAGGCGACAUCCUCCAGCAGCCCGGCGUUUUUGUGGCAUUCCCUCGUGAUGCUGCUGUUGAGGAGGGGACUCAAAUCUUUGCAGUAGGUCUAACUCUUUAUAUUCUAAGGAUCAGCUCUCACUUAUCUGUCCUGCAUUCCCUUUGUGUAACUUUGCAUUUGAUUAAUUAUUAAAUAUAUUUUCACUAA